CUUUGGGAUCAAUCAUCAAAACUGUAGCAUAUUACUUACUCUAUGAUCAAAAGUAAAAUGGAAACGUCGGAUUGGGUUUGUUUUUUAAUUUCGGGUACGUUAUAUUCCCAGUGUUUUAUUUAAAUACGCAUAGAAUAUUUAGGAAUUUAAGUUAGUUUAUAAAUAAUUUGAUUUACCAGUGAUUAUUUUUAGUGAAGUCGAAAAUUAAUUGCCUUGUUUGAAAGUUGACAUUUGCAUUUGUCGUUAAACACAAGCCAAAAUUUAUAUACAAUUGGCUAAACUUACUGGCUGUUGAUACGUUUGGUGAAAACAAUGGAUAUACACUCGCAGUAUUUUGUACCUAAUACUGCAGUGCAGUAUUUCGGUUGUGGGGAUAUAAGUUUUGAUAAGACUGAAGACAGUGGAUACCACACUACCUCUACACCUAAUUCAGCAUAUUUUGACUCUGAGUCAUCCAAAGAAAACACAGACCAGUCUGGAGGUUCAAAUCAGACUCACAGCACUCCUAGAAAAAGACGAAUAUCUGAAUGCAGCAGUGGCUAUAGUUCACGACAUUAUAACAAUACAGACUCUGAUUCAUAUCCACUCACACCCAUCAAAAGAAACUGCACGUUGCACCCAUGCAAAUCUUCGAAAAAGCUUGACUUUAAUGGCCAUCAAAUUCAUUCCCUGGAAUGUCGAAGAAAUGAAUUGCAACCAGCUAAACAGGUUCCAUCUGUACGAAGAGUACAAAAUGUGAUAAUUCCAUGCCAGUCCUCUAAGAAGAUUGAUUGGAUUCAAUAUUUAUUUGAUCACAAUAUAAUCCCACCAGUAGAAACAAUUCUGAGCUAUUUACAACCUGAAGAUAUUUUAAACUUCACAAAAGUUACUCCAGAAUGGCAUACUAUUUGGAAACACUCUGCCACUAAAAAGAUGAAACAAAAAUACAAAACUUACUUGGAAAGUUUAAGACAAAACCAAGAGAAUUUAUUCAGGCAAGUUAUUCCUGCUGGUCAUAAAGCAUAUAGUCAAGCCAGUCAGACUCCUCCACGGAGCCCUCCCAGCACACCAAGAACAUAUAGAUUUAGAAGAUUCAUCAAGUCUGCCUCAUCCGACACACGGACUCAAAUGUCAUGUGUAAGGUGCUCUCAACCAGCAAAGGUGACAAAAGAAGAUACAGGUGAACAAUGGGUUUUGUGUACAAACAGUUUAUGCUCAUUUGAAUAUUGUACAUAUUGUAAGUGCAAGCGACACCCAAACAUAAAGUGUUUUCAAUAUGAUCUCAAUGGUCCCAGUCCGUCAAAAAGAAAGAAAACACCAUCAGUGGUAGGCAGUAAAAAUAGUCGAAAGAACUUGCGACGUCUUCUAUGAUUCAUCACAAUCCUGAUUUUUCUUCAGGUAUGUAUGGCCUUAUAGUGGUGCAACAAACGCAAAAGCAUUUAUACAUUUAAGGCACCUUUUCUUACACCCCCUAAAAAGUUGUUAAGGCCAUCACUGAGAAUUUGCAAAUAUUAUUGAAGGGUGUUUUUUCUCUUUUUCUUAUUUUAAAGAAAAUUAAAAGAUAGUGGUUAAUUAAAAUCGCAGUUUUAGAAUUAGCAUAAUGUUUCUUUAUGCUUAAGUUAUUUGUUGAUUUCAAAAGGAAAAUUGAGGAUCUUGUCACAUAGAUUAGAAAAGGAAUCAACAAAAGUUUGUUAAAGAAUGGUGCAGUUAAUUAAUAAUAAUAUUGAUCUAAUGCUCAGUCAUAUUAGCAGAAGUUUAAGGAUUUUGUGAGACUGAUGCUGAAAUGUUCAAAAAUUUUAAUUAUUUCUGUACUUAUAUUUUGGAAGUGUACAAUUUCAAUGUUUUUAUGCCAUAUUUUUGUGAUAUGUUACUAAUAAUACUAUUCUACAGACUUGACCAAUAUGCAACAGUUUGUGUUUUUAUCAUGGCAGUGACCCUAAGUGGCAAUAAUAUUACGCUAAAGGAAUAUUCUUUCCUUUUGGGGUGGAGAAAUAAUUAUGGAUGGUUAUGAAACAUUCAUAACCAUAGUUUAUUACAAAAUGGAUGACUAUUGCGAUUUUAUAAUUUAAAUUAACACUCCUACAUAACAUUUAAUAAUAUUUUUUAUUAUAAUUUCUCAUAUAUAAAUAUAAUCUCAUUGGCUAAAAGUAAACCUCUUUUUUACAGUUCAGUAUGCACAAACUUUCGUAUAUUUAAAGCCCGUCUUUUAAUCUAUAUAAUAUGAAAUUACUCUAUAAUUAUGUAGAGUUUGAUUCUGUAAAGCUUUAUAAUUUUACGCUUUUAUUGUAAAAAAUAAUGCCCUAGAAUCUCUUCAUUUUAUGUUAUAAUUUUAAUACAAAUAAGUAUUUAAGUUUUAUUAGUAUUAUUGAACUGGGAUCAUUGAAUAAAAUAAAUAAUUUAUGCUUUGCAAAUAAUGUAACUGAAAUAUUCAUGUGGAUAUUGGAGCUAUUUUAAAAAUGUACCUAACUAGGGCAGUUGCUUACAUCCUAAUCGAAAUAUGUGUCAUCGGUUAUAUGUCAUCUAGAUAGAUGGCGUGGAAGUCACACCAGGCAGAUGCCUGGUGUGACUUCCACGCCAAAAGAAAGAUCUCGUGACUUCCUAAAACUGAAAAUAUUUUGGAGACACUGUUCUCAGACCAAUUUUUACCGAAACAUCUGCCAUUUAUCUAGUAAUCUAGGACAUUUUAAAGUCCUGAAGUUACAUUGUGUCACACUCAGUAUUCGAUUUCGGGGUUUUUAAAUAUGCCAACGCAGAACCUCAAGUAGCAGUAUUGCUAUUGCGUUUCGUACGCCAGACUUGAUGGAAGCAGAAUAGAUUCUCUCUCCCUUUCGAAUCCUCAUUCCUCCACAAAAUGUGACAACGCAUUUAUAUUUUUUUAUUUACUUAUCAUUAUGAUUAGUGACUCUCCAGCACGUUUGUUUGUUUGACAAAAUGAGCAUGCCAGCUGCUCAUGAACAGAAGCAACACCAACUUAGAAUUAGAAUUCAAGGCAGGCACAUUUUUGACACUGCAUUGUAUUCAUUACCCUAAUAUUACAAAUGUAAUUUCCAUUAUCUCUAUUUAUUACAUAAAUGCUGUGUUCAGUAUGUAGAUAAACGCUUGAGUAUCAUGAGAGUAUCGUCGAAUUUUUUAUAGCUUCUUUAGUUAUGCAAGUUUUACUAAGAAUCAUUUAACUACUAACUAAUACUUUGCCAGGAUUGUUUUAAUUAAAACUUUAAAAAUAUUAAAUUCAUAGGUAUGAUAUGUGCCAUAUUUUCUUACACCGCCACGUCUUUUGUUGGUCUGAUACCAAAUAUUCGGCGUUUCUGAAAAUUGUUUUGUUAAGGAAAAAAAAAAAUUUAAUAAUAAUAUACUUCAUUAAAAAAAUAAUGUUAUCUGUGCAGUGUCCUGUGGCUUCGUCCGCGUCUUAAUGUUAGUCUGUUAUUCUGAAAUCAAAAUAAUUAAAAGCUCUCAGUAAAACUCGCUUAUAUUUUAUAGAGCAUCUAUUUCAUUUGAAACAAUCUUUAUGCCUACCGUUAUUAUUUUAAAUAUGUUUAGUGGUUUAUGAAUCAUUAAGUAUACAAACCAUCAGCCUCAUGUGGUCCUCUUAAGGGUUAAUUGUUAAUAGUAUCCCUAGAAGGUACUCCAUCCCUAAGGUUAAAGUUAUCCUUAUACCAAAUUUUAUUAAAGUCGGUUCAGUUGUUAUGACUUUUAAAAUAUCAUAGACAGUUUAGUAAUAUUCAUUUAUAUUAAUUUUGAUAUUGGUUUUUUCGUAAGACCCUAUUUGCUUUAAUUUUCAGCAAUAAGUACGAAAUUGUAUCUAUUUUAUCUCGCGAUAAUAUUUUACAACAUGGAUUUUUUCAGUGUGCUAUUAGCAUUUUUAUUUUCUCACGUAAAAUACAAUGCACCUACGACUUAAAUAAUGCAGUCACUUAAACAUAAAGAAAUAUUAUCAAAAUGAUUGUUUAAACUGUGUAAUUAAUGUCAAUAUAAAUCUUUCAUCGAUGCGAUUGAAUAUUAAUAUUGACCUUCAAAUAUUACGUGAUAUUAUAAGUAAGAUGAUUACAUGACAUGUAAUUUGUUAAGUUCUAAGGUAAUAUUUUAACUGUUGAUUUUUCAUUCAUCGGAUACACUAUCGAACGAAUCUUUUUGACACUCCCUCAUUAAAAAAUAUCCUUAAGACGAACAAUCAUUAGAUAAAAGUUGUGCAUAGAAUAAAAUAUAUAAGAGAGAAAUUUAACAAUUACAGCUGUAUGAAUAAAAAACAAUGUAUUCGUUUGAAACUUUUAUUCAGUGAGGUUCUAAUUUAUUUGAUGGACAACUCUUAUUCUGGUAAAUAAAAAAUCACCUCUAGUUGCAAAAUUAUUCACUUGUUAUAAAAAAAUCGAUGAUUGAUAAAUCUGCACUAAAAUACUUUGCAUUCAAUCUGUUAUUAUUAUGCACUGAUGAUAUUAGCUAUACUCAUUAGUGUAAAAAAAUGUCCGUAAAUGUAAUGUAUAAUGUAUAAUCGCCUCGUGGGUCUAUUGGCAGCAUUAUGGGCUGUAACCUAGUAGAUUCCAGGUUUGCGUCCUAGUUCGAGUAAUUUAAUUGUGAUUUUUUAUCUAAUGUCCUGAUGCGCACUGAUGUCAGGAUUUCAUUUGGACGCAAAAGCUUAGCUGAGACUUUUCAGCGACAUGUGCACAGGCAUGAUUCGCCAACCAAACGUUGUAGUUGGACUAUUUGGAUUCGUGCAGAAUUUUAAUGAUGAAUGUAAAAAUUUAUCAUAUUCCAGAAAGAUGGAAUGCCAUUCCAAACCAAAUUUUUCUAUGGGUAUUUGUUUAAUUUACGAUUUGUUAUAUUUAAUAGAAAUAAUAAUCACAUUAUUAAUGUGGCUAUCAGUGCCAUUUACAUAAUAAUACUAAAUUAUUUUCUCAACGUGUUUAUACUUUAAUGCUAGAAGUAUGACAUCACUAAAAUAACUUUGUUAAUCCAUUCAUUCCUAAAUGAAGAUUUCAUAAGCAGAUUGAUUAAAGCCUCCUUCAACUACCAGGGGGAACUGGGGAACUUUGUUCUCCUCAUUUUUAAUGUCUUUAAUUAUUAGCUAAAAUUAAUGAUUUCAGAGUAUAUUCAGCUAUCGGUAAAUAAAAUCCUAUUUUUAAAUAUUUUGUUAAUAAUAUUACAUUAAAACAAGACACAGAGAUUUAUGUAUAAAAACUUCACCUGAGGAUGUCAGCCGUGUUUUCCAGCUCCCCUUACAAAUACUAAUGCAUAUUACUUACAAUCAAUAUAAUACACUUUAAUAAAAUUUGAAUUAUGUACAUUAUGCAUUAUUUAAAAGUUUCAAUAGUUACUAUAUGUUGUAUAAUUAUUCUGCUUGAUAUGUUUUAUGUUGAUGUACAUAGUAUUAUUGUCCCAUUUUGUAUGUUCUAGACAUCUGUAAAUUAAGUAGGAGGCUGAGAUCAUCUUUGUUUAAAAAAUAUAAGACUGAUAGAUACCUUUAUGAGAUUUUAAACAUUGUGAAAACAUGAUUGUUUAAUGAAUGUACUUUUACAAAACAAGAAUUUCAAAUAGUUUUGAAAGAAAUUGUACCUAGUCGUAGGAUUUUUGUAGAUUUUUAUGUGUAUUUUUUUCCAAGUCUAAAUACAUGUUUUUAAGGAUAGUCAAUAGAAACCAGUGCACAAUUUUAUAUAGACAAACAAAUUCUCAAGUUUAAUUAAUGUGGCCUUUAUAAGUGUCUCAACACUUUUUCUAGUGUCUUCGAAGGCGAGUAGAAGGAAAUUCAUUCUUAAGCCUGCCAAUCGAAUAAAUUUGUUUAGAAACGCACGGUGCGGUGCGUUAUUACAGGCUUUAUAGAUAAACCUCCUUCAUUAUUUGUCUAGAUGGUGUGAUAAAAAGGAGAUGACAGGAUUAUCUUCAACAGUUCCUUGAUAUAUACUCACAGUUGCAAAUAUGUAUUCUUAUUCGCCGCUUAUUGUAUUCCUAUUUUUAUAUCAUAAAAUUCCGAAUAAUUCGUAAUUUAAUUUCAUGACAAUUGUAAAUAAUGUAUUUAUAUUAUUGUCUCUAUUGUAAUUCUUUGAUAAGUUAGUAAUAUAAGACUUUUUUUUAAGA